GGACUUUUAUUUUGGUGUUGUGACGUGACGUCAUAAAGACGCGCCGCGAUCCUGCAGCUGUUGUGAUUCGGCUGAAGAAAGGUUUGUGUUUAAAGCGUUUAAAGGACAGAAAGAUACAGGAAUACUCCCGCUGAAGCGACUGAGAUCAGUCUGACACUAUUGUAAAGAUGGCGUUUAUUCAAGAGGAGAUCGAAGACAUAAAGGUUGAAGAAACAGUGACGCAUGAAAAUACUGAGGAACAAACAGCCCUAAUGGUAAUGAAAGAGGAGACAGAAGAACUCAAUGAAACUGAAGAGAAAGAUCAAUAUGAGAAUCUUCAUGAUUUCAUAACUGGAGAAAAACCUUAUAGUUGUUCGCAGUCUGAAAAGACUUCCACACGAAAAAAAUCUCUCAAGAGUUUCAAUCAACAAAGAAACCUUAAAGACCACACGGGAGAGAAGCGUUUCACCUGCCAACAGUGUGGAAAAAGUUUUGCUCAACAUGUAAACCUUACAAUCCACAUGAGAAUUCAUACUGGAGAAAAGCCUUACACAUGCCAACAUUGUGGAAAGAGUUUCAAUCAACAUGGAAACCUUACAGUUCACAUGAGAUUGCACACUGGAGAGAGUCCCUUCACCUGCCAACAGUGUGGACAAAGUUUCAAACAUAAAGUAAGUCUUAACAUGCACAUGAGAAUUCACACCGGAGAAAAGUCUUACUCAUGCAAUCAGUGUGGGGAGAGUUUCGCUAAACGUGUAAACCUUAAAGUCCACAUGAGAAUUCACACUGGAGAGAGCCCAUUCACCUGCCAACACUGCGGAAAAAGUUUCAGCAAAAAAGGAGACCUUAAUUGCCACCUGAGAAUUCACACUGGGGAGAAGCCUUACACCUGCCAGCAGUGUGAGAAAAGUUUCACUCAUAAAGGAAGCCUUGACUGGCACAUGACUGUUCACACUGGAGAAAAGCCUUUCACAUGCCCUCAGUGUCGAAAACGUUUUGCUCAACAUGGAAUCCUUAAAGCCCACAUGAUGAUUCACACUGGGGAGAGACCUUUUACCUGCCCACAGUGUGGAAAAAGUUUCCAUCAUAAAGGAAGUCUUGAGAGUCAUAUACGAAUUCACACUGGAGAGAAGCCUUACACAUGCCAACAGUGUGGAAAAAGUUUCAAUCAAAGUGGAACCCUUAGAGUCCACAUGAGAAUUCACACUGGGGAGACCCCUUUUACCUGCCAACAGUGUGGACAAAGUUUCAAUCGUAAAGAAAGGCUUAAAAGGCACAUGAGAAUUCAUACUGGAGAAAAGUCUUACACCUUCCAACAGUGUUUAGAGUCCAUAUGAGAAUUCACAUUGAAUAGAACACCUACACAUGCCCUCAGUUUUUACAUUAACGGUAAUGAGCAUGAGAACGACUGUACAUUUCUCUUUUUAUACAGAUGACAUGCUCCAAAAAAAGUUAACGGAGGCUGCAAUGGCAGAAAGCACACCCUGUUUGUUUUCUUUAUUUUACAAAAACAAUGUUUUGUUCUGAUUGUAUGUGGACACAAAUAAAAGUAAAUCCUUUCAAAUGAUGUAUUGCUUAUUGCUUACUUAAGCUGGACAAAAGCCAAUAGCCUUCAUCCGAGAAGGGGAAAGGAAGCAGGCUAACCCUCUACCCUCAGAUUCCAGCCCAUUAAACGCAGAGACUCACUUUCCCAAUAGUGAUUGCUGUGACCAAUCUGCGCCCAGACCUAGUGUUGUGGUCCAUCUCCUGCCGUCGUGUAUUCAUUGUUGAACUAACGGUCCCUUGGGAAGAUGCCAUCGGUGAAGCAUAGGAUAGGAAAAAGCUGCACUAUGCCACCUAGGCAGCUGAGGCAGAGGAAAGGGGCUGGAGCUUGAAGGUGUGUCCAGUGGAAGUUGGCUGCAGGGGCUUUGUUUCCAAUUCUACUUCAAGGCUUCUGAAGGAAAUGGGCAUCAGAGGGCAGGCCGAUAGGAAGACCAUCAAAGAACUUGCCACAGUUGCUGAAAGGAGCAGUCACUGGCUGUGGUUGAGAAGAAAGGAGACAGCGUGGGGAAUAAAAUGACCACUCCAUCCCCUUGCGACACACCAAUGUCUGAUCAGCCUGUGGUGGGCCAGGCUGGGCGGAGGGUGUCUUGUGGUAAACGGCCAAAACAACUGAAGAAGCCAAGGUGCACAACUGAAGAUGUAUUGUAUAGGAGGAAACAUCACUAAGGGGUCACCAACGAACCCCCCAGCCAAGAUGAUGCCUCAAAACCCUUUCAAGGCAAGUAUCAGACUGAAUCAGUUGGGAUUGCAACAUCUAGUCCUUAUCUGAAUAUAAAACUAUGUUGGCAGUGCACUACAAAUCAACUGGUUUUAUGCCUUUAUUUUAACCCAUAUAAACAGACAAGGACUAAGAGAUUUCUUAUCCUGUAAUGCAGGCCAAAAAACAUAGCAGUGUAAGGGUUAAACUGUAAACCAUGAAGAGUGUAAUGGUGCGUUCACACCAGACGCGAAUAAAGCGUUAAGUGCGAGUGAUUUACAUGUUAAGUCAAUGCAAAGAUGCAAUAGACAUCCUGCGGUGCGAAUUACAUGAUUCGUGCAAUUGACGCGGCGCAAAUUGAGCGUUUCAGGUGUUUGACGCGUGAUUCGCGUGAAUUGCGCAAGUUGAAAAAUCUGAACUUUGGCGAAAAUUUGCACGGCGUUAACCAAUCAUGAGCUUGCUCUAGUAGUGACGUGAUUACGACGUAGUGAGCAGAGGCAGAAAUGAACAACAAUGGAGGACAAAAUCAUCGUCGCUGUACGAUACAUCUUCAUACUUUUAUAGAAACAGGAAUAAAAAGGAUCUUGCUUGGAAGAAAGUGAGUGAAGAGGUCGGACAAUCUGGCAAGUUGUAAAAAAAACGUUCUUUACUCAAUUUGAGCUAUAUAUAUACAUAUUGAGACUACAAGCUAGCUGGCAAAUGGAGCUUAUUCGCCAUAUUUUACAGCUACUUUCCUGCUGACGAGUUGAUGUGUUUAUUCAGAGGAAGUGUGCAGAAAAGAGACUGGAGCUGCUGGCAGAAGCCCCUCUCAUGAUGCGAAUUUGCGUCUGUUGUGAAGUGAAUUUCACGCGUGAAUGAAGCGAGUAAACUUAAAAUGUCCAAGCAUCCAACUACACGUGAAUAGUGUGUUAUAUUUGUGCAAGUCGUGUCUGGUGUGAAUGCCCCAUAAUUCAGAAACACACAUAGAGGCAGAGUGAGACCUAAGGAUUAGUUGUAAACUGUUUACUAGUCAGUUAAGAGUCAGAAAAUGUAACAUUUAUGUAAGCAAUAAGGUACUCAAGGCUGUGCUAUAUCGUGAAUAAGUCACAGCUGAAGGGCGUUGUUAGGCUCGACACGAAGUGGAGUAACCCCUUCAGCAGUGACUUAUUCACGAUAAGCGAAAGGCCUUCCUUACGCCUGAAAAAAUAGUGCCUGACUGUGAACAGCAACAGAAGUUACAUUAUUACACCAUUAGAUGGCGGCAAAGACUGUCUUUAUGAGUGUGUCAGACAAAAGUGAAGACUUUUACAUUGAAAAGACUGAAUUGUUGUGAACACG